AUUUCGCUCUCCUCCCUAGGCAACUAAACGCCGCGCUCCCGCAGACGGUACCAGCCGCCGCGAUGGGGUCCUCGUCCUCGCCACCGCCACCACCGCCGCUGCCACUGCCCAUGAUUGGGCGGGCCGGGAACCUCACCAUCUUCAUCACGCCGCCAUCCCCCGCUAGCACGCCCCGGGGCGCUGGGCGCACGCCGCCGCUCGAGUCCCCGCGCUCGGAUAUCUCCACACCCAUCCCGCAGAGGGCAGCCCCGUCGCCCUCCCUUUCUCCCUCUCCGCGGAACCACGAGAGCCGGGCCGUGGCGCCUGCGGUGGUGUUCACCCCGCCCCCGCCGCCUGCUUCUGUGAAUGUCGCGCUGCCGCCGGUGCAGGUGCCGCCGCCGCAGUACGAGAAGGCGUCCGCGGGGGGCAAGCAUGACGUAUCGGCGUUCGGCUUCUUCUGGGACGCCGUCGCGCGCGUCCAGGAAGCGCACGCGAGCCUCGACGAGUACGUGUCUACCUGGUUCGGGUUGGAUCAGUCCAAGUACCAGUGGGCGCUUAACGACUACUACGAGACCAUAGGCAAGGUCAGCAAGGAAGUGGAUUGUAUAAAAGGUGGUAUGCCCAAGGAGCCUACUACUAAAGUGCAGAAACUCUAAAAAAACAACUUCGUUUUGUGUUGUAAGAUGAGUAGCUAGCAGCGUAUGUAUGGAGAAGUAUGUUACAUUUUUGUGGAGCCUUGAAUUGAAAGGUGGUCAUCUCUGCUUUGUCGGCGGCCCAAGUGUAAGCCCUGCACCGAGCGCCAUUCAUCUGGGACUUCUGGAGGCCGGGCCGCGAACGGUCGCUGUUUUGUUCCGCCGUUCAGGAUCUACUGUAAUCCUCUAAGGUUAUGUCAAAGCACAGAAUCAGUCUAAUCUGCAUGUUGGGCGUUGUUUACUAUCACGCCCUUGUGUUUUCAUGGCUACAUUAGCUACGACCAUAACGUGAUGUGCAGACGAUGUUACGAACGGCGUAAAAAUCUCAAUCAUCAACUAUCCGCCGGACCUGGCCCAGGGUUGUAAAUCGGAGGCGUUCCCUUUGAGGUCGUAAAAGCCGAAGCGUUCAUGAAUUACGAUUGUACACUGCGUUCCGACCGGCCUUAGCAUAUGCUGAAUUGCGUGGACUAAAACAGCAGAAAUCCAGCGUCGGUGUUAGUGCAUUGCAUGUAGCCACGUACUAGUCUGCAUCUAGGUCUAUUCAUGUUUGGUUGUCCCAGAACUAA